UUUAUCGCCCUCGUGGCAUUAGUGUUUUGUGGGAAAGAGAUAGAAGGUUCAUCAGAGACGAUGAAGCAGAUCACUUCUACAUUUAUGAAAGCUCUUGAUGAAUGUAGACAUGAACUAAAAUUCUCAGAUCAUGUGAUUCGAGACCUGUACUUUUACUGGAAAGAAGACUACACGCUGAUGAAACGUGAGACAGGUUGCGCCCUCGUCUGCAUGAGCCAAAAGCUAGAUCUGCUCGAUACCAGCGGAAAGCUGCACCAUGGGAAUGCAAAGGAAUUCGCUAAGAAUCAUGGCGCUGGUGACGACACAGCUCAAAAACUGGUGACAGCAAUUCACACCUGCGAAGAACAGAAUUCCGGUGUGGAAGACGCGUGCAUGAAGGCUUUGGAGGUGGCCAAGUGCUUUCGCACCGCCAUCGACCAGCUCAACUGGGUUCCGAAGAUGGACAUUAUCAUCGGCGAAGUUCUUAGUGAAAUUUAAAAUAACGAGGCCAAUAAUGGAAGCAUUUAUUGGCCUUAGCGGCUACCUUCUUCAGUACAUUGUCUUUUUGUCUCUCUAGCCAUUAAACUAUUGUUCUUGAUAUUAAUUAUUAUUUUCAGUAAACUUACGAUUCUAGUGCAAUUAACACUCCUUAUAUUUUGUUUUCAUUUUUUUUUGUUUAUAUUAGGUUUCUGUUUUUCUUGUUGAAGUUAUUUGUUUUAUUUGUGGUAUGCAAUAAGCCACCAUUUUAAAUAUAGCUAGACCCUAUAAAUUGUCCUUGAAAUCAGUUUAUCUACACGAACAUUAAAGUCAAUUGAAACCUCUCGGAAGUAGGUAAUUAAAUUGAAUAUUUUUUGAAAUAGAUUAUAAAAAAAAAUUGAAAAUUGCCAGAAUAUAGGAAAGACGAAACUGGAAUA